AUGGGAGAAGUCCAAGAACCGAAAUUCUUCUGCAAGUUCUGCAACAAAGCUUGCUUUACUGGGAAAUCAUUGGGAGGUCACAUGCGUUGCCAUCUGGACCUAAUUGCAGCUGCCAAAAAGCAAAAACUCAAACCCCAAAGCUCAGAAGGGGAAGAUUUGGGUGUUUCAGAGGAAUCCAUGGCUAACAAGAAUCAAGAAAAGGGGAAGAGAAUGAGCUUUGGGGAAAAUGGGGAUCAAGCUAGCUAUGGUUUAAGAGAGAAGCCAUUGAAAUCUUGGAAAGUGUCUGAUUCAAAGCAUUGUGGGUUGAAAAAGAGGAAUAAGGAUCUCUGUAAAGAGUGUGGGAAAAGGUUCCCUUCUGUGAAAGCUCUAGCAGGGCAUUUGAAGUGCCAUUCAAGAAAAGGGAGUGGAAUAGAAGAAGAAGAAGAAGAAGAAGAAAAUCAUCUAUGCAAGAAAUGUGGGAAAGGGUUUGAUUCCAUUAGGGCUUUAUAUGGCCACAUGAAGAUCCAUUCCAAGAGAUCAAAGCCCUCCUCCUCCUCCAAUGGAGAAGAAUCAACCCAAAACUUAUCAGAUUUGGAGACCAUGUGUCCUGUCCGGAAAAAACGCUCAACAAUUAGGUACAAACUCACCUCUUCAUCAAAUCCCCCACUUUCUGCAGUUUCUGAGUUUGAAGAGGCCCAAGAUGCUGCCAUGUGUUUGAUGAUGCUUUCCAGGGGAGUUAAAACCUGGAAUGAGUUUCUUUCUUCUGCAAACUGUGAAGAAAGCCCUCCAUUUUUCUACAAGGAAGAAAUGCCAAUCAGUGGUGAUGAUGAUGAGGAGGAUAAAGACAGCAUUUCUUGGAAAAAUAUUUCUGAAAUUUGUGUCAAUGGGUGCCUCAGAAUUGAGCCAUUCAAGAACCCCGAAAUGGACGAAACUUCUUUUGAUCUUCAUUAUCUGGAAAUGGGGGAAACUUUUCAAACUUCCACUUCCAUUCAGGUUUCUGAGGCUAAACCGAAGCUCGAAGCUCGGGCCGAAUGCAAUCUCAAUACAAUGGAGGUGGAAACAGUAAUGGGAAUUCCAGAAACAGGAACAAGAAGCAGGGAGCAUUCAUGUCCAGUUUGCUUCAAGGUUUUCCAAUCUGGGCAGGCUUUGGGAGGGCACAAGAGGGCUCAUUACAGUGCCACCAUUGAACCCAAGGUGAAAAAGGAGAAUCUUUCUGAUAUUCAUGAGUUUCUUGAUCUGAAUCUCCCUGUAAAUGCUGCCACUGGAACAGCCAUGGAUGGUGCAAUGGAGGACAGGCUAUGGUGCAUUGGCAGUGCUGGUCUGCUCAUCUCUAACUAA